AUGUAUUCAAUCUUCUCUGUAAUUGGAUCCUAUGUUAACUGGGAUGUCAAAAGUCUGCUGCUCUUUACUGCAGUUUUCAUCAUCACUGCAGAUUAUAUUAAGAACCGUCGGCCACACAGCUUCCCUCCAGGACCUCGGGUGUUUCCUAUAGUGGGCAACUUAUUCUCUGUGGAUUUCACCAGGGCCCAUGAGAGUAUGACACAGGUAGCCGGGGAAUAUGGAGAUGUGUACAGCCUGCAAAUGGGCAAGAUGUGGAUUGUGGUGUUAAACAGCCUUGAGGUCCUGACAGAAGCACUGGUAAAUCAGGGAGACAGCCUGGUGGACCGACCAGACCUCCCGCUGCAGUUUGAUAUGUUCCAAGGCCAAGGUGUAGUUUUCAGCAACGGUAACACAUGGAAACAUCAGAGGCGUUUUGCACUUUCAACCCUCAAAAUUUUUGGUUUUGGGAAGAAGUCACUUGAACCUAUCAUCUUGGAUGAAUUUACAAAUUGUGCAAAAGAAUUCAGUAGACAUAAAGGUAAACCAUUCGAUCCCCACCUCACCGUCAACAGCGCUGUCUCCAACAUCAUCUGCUCCCUGGUUUUUGGUCAUCGCUUUGAGUACGGUGAUGAGAAGUUUGUGAAACUGAUGAAGUGGUUUACCAAAAGUCUCGAAAUUGAAGGCUCCAUCUGGGCACAGCUUUACAACUCAUUCCCUCUGCUGAUGAGACGUUUGCCUGGGCCACAUCAGACAGUCAAGCAACUCUGGAACAAUGUAAAGGACUUCAUAAGAAUAGAGAUUAAGGAGCACAAACAGAACUGGGAUCCCUCAGACCAAAGAGACUACAUCGACUGCUACCUGAAUGAGAUGAGUAAGAGCCAGGCGGGCAGCACUUUUAAUGAGGAAAGCCUGGUUAUGUCUGUCUUGGAUCUGUUUGUGGCUGGCUCUGAAACCACAUCUACCACCCUGCGCUGGGCUUUUCUCUACAUGGUAAAGUACCCAGAGAUCCAGGCAAAGGUCCAUGCUGAGAUAGACCGAGUGAUUGGACAAUCCAGACAGCCGUCCAUGGACAAUCGUGCAAAACUGCCCUACACUGACGCUGUCAUACACGAGGUCCAAAGGAUGGGCAACAUAGUUCCUCUCAGUGUGCCUCAUGUCACCAACAAGGACAUUCAGCUUAAAGGCUACACAAUCCCAAAGGGAACUACAAUAAUCCCCAAUCUGACCUCGGUGCUGUUUGACCAAAAUGAGUGGGAGACGCCUGACACCUUCAAUCCAGGACACUUUCUAAACGAGGAGGGCAAGUUUGUGAAGCGAGCUGCUUUCAUCCCUUUCUCUGCUGGUAAGCGGGUUUGUCUUGGAGAGAACCUGGCCAGAAUGGAGCUUUUCCUCCUUUUCACCUCCUUCAUGCAGCAUUUCACCUUUUCCAUGCCUGCUGGGGUGAAGCCUGUGAUGGACUAUUGCUUUGGCGUCACUCUGGCACCACGUCAAUAUGAGAUCUGCGCAACCUCACGCAAGGAGUAUAUCUGA